AUGUCACUCACGCGAGUCGCUUCCGUCGAUGGCUUCGAACGUGAGAGGAGAGGCUCCAGCGUCUCUUCGCACAGGAGGAUGAGUUUCAACCCUGUCAGUGAAUGGAUGCCGCCCCAAGACAGAAAACCCAGUGUGGUCUCGAUAGCUCUGCAGUUUGAAGAAGUUUCCAAACGAAAGCGCAUAAUCCAGGUUGCUAUCGCCAUAAUAUAUUGUCUCUUCGCCGCCGGAAUAGUAUUCGGCUACGCAGCCAUCAAACCUGUCCUGAUCGAUGAAGGCGUCUUCAAAGACCUGUGUACCCCAGAAGAGGUGGAGAACCACGUUUCGCCAUGUUACAAGCAGGAGAUUCGGUUGAACUUGAUGUUCACCGUGGCAGCCGUCUCGACCAACGUUGCAGCCCUCCCCAUCGGCACCAUCCUUGACAAGUACGGUCCCAAAGCCUGUGGCCUCAUCGGCAGCAUCUUUCUUGCCACCGGUGCGCUGCUCUUUUCCUUCGCCACCGAAGUCAGCGGCGACCUCUUCACACCGGGCUACUUCUUCCUUGCUCUUGGUGGUCCUUUCGUCUUCAUCUCCUCCUUUCAACUGUCCAACACCUUCCCCCAAAACUCAGGCCUUAUCCUGGCGCUCCUGACGGGUGCAUUCGAUUCCUCUUCAGCUCUCUUCCUCGUCUUCCGCCUCAUCUACGAAGCUACUGGAGGCAAAUUGAACACACACCGCCUUUUCCUCAUCUACCUCGUCGUCCCCGUCUUCGUCUUUAUCGUCCAGGUCUUUAUUAUGCCAAAGGAGUCUUACAAGACUGUAAGUGAAGUGGUCAAGGAUGCCGAAGAGGAGAUCAACGCCCCAACACCGCCCGAAGCGUCCGAGGAAGAACGCCGCACCUUCCACGACCGAAGAGAAAGUACCAUCCAAGAGAUAUCAUUACUGCUGGACAAGUCGACAAACACGAAGCGCCAGAAGCGGGAAGAGCACAAGAACGCGAAAUCCGGAGUGUGGGGAGCCAUGCAUGGUUAUACCGCGCUUCAGCAGAUCAAGUCGCCCUGGUUUUGGCUCAUCACGCUUUUCACCGUCGUGCAGAUGACCCGGAUCAACUACUUUGUGGCCACGAUCCGCCCGCAAGAACGUUACCUUCUAGGGUCUCCCCAAAGAGCGAAAAUGGUGAAUGACUUUUUCGACGUAGCACUUCCCCUGGGCGGUGUGUUGAGUAUCCCUUUUAUUGGCUUGUUGUUGGACAACACAUCUACGCCCUUCGCCUUGGGAUUCCUUGUGGUCGUAGCCACCAUCAUUGGCGUAUUGGGCUGUCUCCCUUACAUGUGGGCAGCCAUUGCCAACGUUUGCCUCUUUGUGGUAUAUCGGCCCUUCUAUUACACCACUGUCUCGGACUAUGCCGCCAAGGUAUUUGGGUUUCAAACAUUCGGCAAAGUGUACGGCCUCAUCAUUUGCCUCGCGGGGCUUUUCAACUUCUUGCAGAGUCCUCUGGAUGCAGUCACGCACGUGGUGUUUAACAACAACCCAAUUCCGGUGAAUGUGAUCCUUUUGAGCGUGGCGGUUAUCGUGGGAGCUGCGCUGGUGACUUUCACAGCAAUCAGAGCGAGGACGAUGAAGAGAGACUUCUUGGAGGACGAAGCGGAAGGCGCAACAGAAUCACUGAUGCCCAAUGCCGAGGUGAAUGGGCAUGGCUACGGGACAUGA